AUGUACUACAUAUUCAACAUCGUUAAGUUGUGCAUAUUGCGUGACAACGACGUAAGACUAGCGCAUCGGCAAAAUUACGUUGAUUUGGCCGAACUAGCCAAUAUGAAGCUGUCUUUGAAAAAAAUGAACCAUGUCAAUGUGGUGAAGCUUAAGGAAAUCAUCCGCGAAAACAAUACGUUGUAUUUUAUUUUCGAAUAUAUGAAACAAAAUUUGUACGAGCUUAUGAAAAGUAGAGAUAAAGACUUUCCGGAACCAGAAGUAAGAAACAUCAUUUGUCAAGUUCUUCAUGGACUUGCAUAUAUGCACAAACACGGUCGCAUACGGAGCUGUACUUUCAGUUUUUUCCAUAGAGACAUGAAACCUGAAAAUGUACUCUGUAUGGGUCCUGACCUGAUCAAGAUAGCUGACUUCGGUCUCGCCAGAGAAAUACGCUCAGUGCCACCAUAUACCGAAUACGUGUCAACUCGAGCUCCUGAAGUGCUCCUCAGGUCGACGAGAUACAAUUCGGCGAUCGAUAUCUGGGCAGAGGAGUGGCCAGAGGGUUAUCAGCUUGCCUCCUUGAUGAAUUUCCAUUUUCCUCACUGUGUGCCACUUGCGUUGAACAAUCUUAUAGAAAAUGCCUGCGAAGAUGGCAUUGUUCUCAUUAAAGACUUACUUCGGUGGAAUCCUAACAGUCGACCAGCAGCUACUGAGGUAAGCAUUUCUACUUUACAGCUAGUUUGAGC